AUGCAAAGACUGGUUGGUAAGAUCUGCAAGGAGCACCCGAAGCUCGACAACGUUCGCCUGCUGCACGAUAAAGGGCGCCCUUACUUCGCGAAAAAGACUUCCCAGAAAAUUCUCGAGCUCGGAUGGGAAGUUCUACCGCACCCACCGUACAGCGCGGACUCUACCCCGAGCGGCUACCACCUCUUCCGAUCGCUUCAACAUCACCUGAAAGAGAAGCGCUACGAUGAUCGUGACCACCUCGAAAAUGAUCUUCGGGCUUUCUUCGUCUCCAAGUCGCCGGAGUUCUACGCGAAAGGAAUCUGUGAUCUUGUGAGACGUUGGCAGAAGGUUGCCGAUGUUGAUGGAGAUUAUUUCGUGGAAUAA